CCGUAACGCAAACAUGAUACUUUCCCGCACAAAGUCCGAGUCGGCCAAGGGUAACCGCAAUUCUGCCGGCUCCGGAACCGUGCGCACCGUCACCAUCCCUUCGUUCGAGGAGUUCCUGCUGAAGCGAGACUACAUCGGUGCGAAAACAGUCCUGCAGUGCUCCAAAGAUUACGAUGAAGUGCCGGAGCAGCUGAAGCAACUGUGGACGGGAUUUUGUGACUUUCACGUCGGCGAGUACAAGCGAGCGCUGCAGCUGUACGAGAAGAUCUACGCAGCGGACGGGUCGCUCAAGGACGUUGCGCUCAACAUCUGCGUGUGCAUGUUCUACCUCGGCAUGUACGACGAGGCCCAGAAGCUGGUGGAAGAGCUGCCGCAAAGUCCGCUCAAGAUACGGCUACUCUUCCACCUGGCCCACAAGCUAAGCGACGAGGACCGGCUGAUGGAGCUGCACGGUUCGCUGCGGGACGUGGUGGAAGACCAGCUCAGCCUGGCCGGGAUGCACUACCUGCGCUCGCACUACCAGGAAGCGAUCGACAUCUACAAGCGCGUCCUGCUCGACAACAAGGAUCUGCUCGCGCUGAACGUGUACGUCGCGAUCUGCUACUACAAGCUGGACUACUACGACAUCUCCCAGGAGGUGCUCGAUCUGUACCUGAACCAGUUCCCCGACAGCACGAUCGCGAUCAACCUGAAGGCGUGCAAUCGCUUCCGGCUGUUCAAUGGUCGCGCGGCCGAGCAGGAGAUAAAGCAUCUCGUCGAGAGCGGCACGUUCGGGGCGGACCUGAUCCGCCACAAUCUGGUCGUGUUUCGCAACGGGGAAGGGGCGCUGCAGGUCCUGCCGCAGCUGAUCGACAUCGUGCCGGAGGCGCGCCUCAACCUGGCCAUCCACCAUCUGCGGCGGGGCGAAAUCCAGGAAGCGCACCAUCUGAUGAAGGAGGUGCAGCCGACCGUACCGCAGGAGUACAUCCUGAAGGGUGUGGUGCACGCGGCGCUCGGCCAGGAGACGGGCUCGAAGGAGCACCUGAAGAAUGCGCAACAGUGUCUGCAUCUGGUCGGCGGUUCGGCGUCCGAGUGCGAUACGAUCCCGGGCCGGCAGAGCAUGGCGUCCGCCUUCUUCCUGUACGGCCAGUUCGAGGAGGUGCUCGUCUACCUCAACUCGAUCCGCAGCUACUUCGUGAACGACGACACGUUCAACUACAACUACGCCCAGGCGAAGGCGGCCACCGGGUACUACAAGGAGGCGGAGGAGCUGCUGCUGCAGAUCCACGACAUUACGAUCAAAACGGACAGCACGUUCUCGAUGGUGCUGGCCAAGUGUCACAUCCAUGCCGGCCAUGCGGACCAGGCGUGGAACAUCUUCCUGACGAAGGAUUCCACGCCGGACGCGUUCGCGCUGCUGCAGCUGAUUGCGAACGAUAGCUACCGGGUGGGCGAGUUUUGGAUAGCGGCCAAAGCGUUCGACACGCUGGAAAAGCUGGACCCCAAUCCGGAGUACUGGGAGGGCAAGCGGGGCGCGUGUGCGGGCGCAGUGCAGGCCAUUCUGGCGAAGCGUGGCAGUGGCGCACCGCCGGGCGGCGUGUCGGAGAUUAUUUCGCUGCUGCGGGACUCCACCAAUGCGCAGGCGGAGGGGAUGCUGCGCGUUGUUCGACGGUUCGCCAGCAGCAUCAAGUAGGAAGGGGCGUUUUUUCGUGUUGAUUUUACCUUGAUAUUGGGAGAGCAGCAUGCAAACAAAAUAAUGUUUUCUUUGGCUUAACACACACCAUUGCUGUGGAGUGUGUGCAGCAUACAGCGCUCGAUCGAUUUAUAUGCAAAUAAAAUGGCACGCUGAAUCGGAAGGUGUAUAUUGUGUGUGCAUUUAACUCCCCAAACCACAGUGUAGCAAUAGCUCUUCCGACUCGAAUAUGGAUUUUAAACUCAUCUUUUAUCGCUUCGUUCGGUCGAAAACGCGUAAAGCAUUACAGCACGUUUUUAACGACCGCUCGGGGCUCAAUGAACUGGCUCAAAUCUUGCACAGCCAGUGCAGCAACCAUUUUUCACCCGGCAGGGAUGCAAUCGAUUGCGACCAUCCAUUCAAAAAACCCCGUGUCCGUUUGGCCCUGCUCAAAUUUUAUCACAUUUUUCGCGGUCGAUUUAUUGUCAAGUGUAUCUACCAUCUCCCAAGCGGGUCUGACCACUAUGAGCGAAAGGGAUUUGUUGCUUCUUAUCGUGGAAGCCUUUGCAUUUGACGCAACAACAAAAAAGAAGGAAAAAAUUAGCAUUUGUUGCGCAAAAUUAAUUAAAACUUUUACCUAAUUAGGUUCGGUUGUAAGGCAAGAGAAUAUUUUACGAUUCCGCUUUCAGGGAUGUUGUGGGCAAAGAGUUUAUCUGCGACAUUUUAUCAUUUCUACAAACACUUUUGGGAAAACUCUCCCCUACUCACAUUUUUUUUGUGCGUUGCUUUGCUGAUUCUAAAGCGAUACUGCAUUAAAUUUAUUGCUUUUGUCCAGUUUGUGUCAUAAUUUGUUUAAUUACCUGAACUUGAAAACAAUUUACUCGAUCGCGUUUGUUAAUGUCACGAUGAGGUGAGACGAUACCUUAAAUGGUGGUGACAUCUACUUCCGGCACCGGUUUGCCAGUUACUUCACAAUUCCGCACAAAACGAAAGGAACACUUUUCUCUAUACACACGCACACACAUUGGCAGGAAGGAAGCCAAAGCUCAACAAUUUGUAAAGAACCAGAACCAGAAAGCUCUUUAACCAGGAGCAGGAGAAAAAACACUCACACGACAAAACCCAUCUGCCACCGCUAGACGAUGAAUGGAGAGUAAACUUUUGCCCCACACAACCAUAUCGGCCAAAGGAAAGGGGAGGUGGACAGAGCAUAAAGGAGCUAAGUAAGAUGCAACCGGGUACAGUGCAUCGAGUUGUGCAUAACAAAGAAAGCAAAUAAAACCACCGAAACGACCCGGUGAGCACUGUGAAAUGGGGGGGCGAACUUUUCGAAAAGCGAACCGGCACGUGGUCGCUGCAUGGCAUGGUUUUGUGAAGGUUUACGAGGCGGAAGAAAACAUGCUCGAGAGGAGCACAUCGGUGCAGGCCAACUUGUAGAUGUAAUUUACGGUGUAAUGUUUAGCAAAAUUCAAUAGAAACUGGUGCAAACACUCGGGUAAAGGGUACACCAAUUUCAUGCACUGAAGCAAUAAUUUUUCAAAUUGUUUCAUAUAAAUCAUGCAUUUCACAGGUGUUGUGCAGCAAUGCAGCAAACUGGCAAAAGCGUAAAUAUUUAAAGUAAAUAAAUCAAAAAAACACUCAGCACUACAUUUGGCCACUGCUCACUGUCAUUGCAAUUGCUUGACAAACACAAUCGCAGACACAUUCCAUUAGGCAGAUCGCGUAACCUAAAACGUUCUCGUUUUUCUUCUAAUAGUCUUCCACAGCCCUUCAGAAGGUUAACAAGAAAUUAGGGCGGCGCCAAACGGUUAUAGACACAUUUGCUUCCUUUCUUCCACGCCCCGGACAGGACAAUUAGUCCGUUCGGUUAAUUACGGUACAAAUUGUGCUUUACGACAAUCCCGCAAGGGGCAAUAGGGGGAUGUAUUUCACAGCAGUGGAUGGUCGUUUUUCCUCUUCUCUUUCUCUUUUGCGUUUGCCAAAAUCAAUAAGGUAAAACGACAAAUAAACGUAAGAUAUGUAGGAUUGGUUUUUUUGUUUUGUAUUUAUUUCAAAGAAGGAAGGUUUUGGUUUUUGCAUAAAUUAGACCGCACCCGUGCAUUCGUAAGACGGGGCUGGUAUGCGGCGGUUUUUGCUGAUAGUUUACGCCCUUUUACGCGUGAAGUAUUUCUAUGUCUUUGCCACCGUGCGACCGGCUUGUGUUGUUAAAGAGUACCCUUCGUUUUUUUUUAUUU